GCCCACCAGGCAGGUGCUGCCUCCGAAACUCUGAAGCCGGAAGAUCCGGAACUAAGGGCACCAACUGCAGGAUCACGCCCCUCUGGCCUUGUGAUCAAGUCAGUGUAGGGCAUGGUCCGGUUUGGACCAUAAGUUCUUCUUGUUCGAGUUUCAAUUUUGUACGUUUCUCUUGUUUGUUCCCCAACACAGUGCUAUAGGAGGGUUGUUUUUUUGUUUGUUUGUUUUUUGUUUUUGGCGCUGAGGAAACAGACUUUGAAAGAGUAAAUGACAUGAACAAGGUCACAUAAGAAAAGGAACACAUUUAUUCUUUCAUAUCUCUAUUGUAUCUUAGUGAAAAAUGCCACGAAAUCGUCUGUGGAUAAGAGAGGAAACAAGAAUGUUGGGGGCCAUACAAAUAAUGACUGGCAUACUUCUUCACUGCCUGGGACUGCUCUGGAUAUAUUUGUUAUUCACACAAACUAGUGCAUUUGAAGCCAUAUAUACUCCUCUUGCACUACUAACGGCAUACCCAUUUUGGUCAUCCUUGCUUUUUAUCUUCUCAGGAGCCUUUACGGUAUUUUUAGAAAAGAGACGUUCACCAUUCUUGGUGUCUUAUACUUUAGGAGCAAACAUCAUAAGUGCCUGUAUUUCAGUGAUUGGUCUGCUUUUACUAUCAAUUGAGUUUAUAAUAUAUAGUAAAAGUUCAAAAAAUUCUCUUUGGCCACAUAAAAGUGGUAAACUCCUUUCAGAAUAUCUGUUCAUAUUAACCAUCUUGGAGUUGUUUGUGGCAAGUAUAGUCAGCCACUGGGCAUCCCAAGCAAAAAAGAGAGGAAGAUAAAGAUGCAGUUCAUGGCAGAAGGAG